AUGGACGCGGCUGCGGCGGCCCAGGCGGCCCGAGGCGCGGCGCGAGCGGAGGCCGGACCUGUCACCGGGGCGGGUCCCGGGGAGGCGGGCGAUGCCCCGCGCCCCCGCCUCCGCCUCCUCCCCGGGCCUACCGCGCCCUCGGCCCUCGGGCCGCCGCCGCCUCCUCCACAGGCCACGCGACCAACGGCACCCUUCCCCGCCCCCAGCGCCUCCCGGGCCCGGCCCGCCGCGCCCCAGGUUUACCUCGGGCAGGCCGGGGCCCAGCCCGGGCUGCGGGAGCCGGAAGAAUGCAUGGCCGGCGGAAGGAGGAGGAGGCGGCGGCAGCGGCGGCGCGGCCCUCCCGGCUCCAGGUCCCCGGAGGCGUGGAGACUCGCUCGCUCCCCAGGGCCCGGUGGCUGCGUGCGCCCCGGCCGGCGGGGCGGGUUGGCGGGAGGAAGCGGCGGCGCCCCUGAGCGCCCUCUAACGAAGGCGCGGCGCGGCCCGCCCCACGGACCCCCUAGUGCGCGGUCGAGGGCGCCCCGGGCCGCCCGGCCUAGGCCCCGGACGUCGCCGAGCCCCGAGUCGGGCGGGGCAGAACGCUGCUCGGAAAGGUCUGGGAAGAAGGCCGGCCCUGCCAGCGCGCGCGGACCUUUCGGGCCCUCCUGGACCCCUUUCAGCCAAAAGGGCCGCCGCGCUGCAUUGUUGCGGCUCCUUGGCCGCCCCAGGCUGGCACGCUUUCUCCUUUUCAUUCCUAAAGAAACUCGCUUGGGCUCAGGGCUUUUCUUCUGA